AAGUUUCUUAUGUACACAUUUCAUGUUUGUGCAUGGAGCUCCCAAGUACAAUAGUCCAUGUAAAUAAAACUGAUAUUUUGACGUUUUUUAAACUCUUUUGAGCGUGGUCUGAGCGGUGUGCGUUGUCUUGUAGCUAAAUACUAAAGAGCAAAGAGGGCGAUUUACUAUGGCUUGUCCGAUCUAUCCAAAGGACACACCGCAGCCCACCGAGGACAUCGAAUUUCAGCAAGUACUGCGUCAAAUUGGAGGUAAAGAGAAUAUAUACUUAAUAAGUGAUGCCGUCAAAUCGGGUGAGGAGGACGAAGCCAGUGGGAUAUUAAAGGAGUUCAUUCAGGACAUGUUUCAUAGCGGGCGCACUGAAAACCUUGGCACGGGCCAAACCAACAACACUAAUGGUCAGGUUUAUUCCUCUCCAAAUAGUCAAGGGGAUAUUACAAGCGAAAAUAAUGGGACAUGCGAAACAGUAAUCAACUGUAAGACUUUGCCUCAAGCCCAGGGGAACGAAAUACCUCUGUCAACGAGGCCAAAGGAUUUAGUGUUAAGUGCCAAGUCUAUGGGAGAGGAUAAAGGACCACCGAGGCUCAAUGGGAACGUCCAAAAGACCAAAACCUCAAGCAUGAACAGUUGUAGAGGAAAGCGAAUAAUAGACUAUCCUAUUAUAAUAUUCAUAUUUAGACAGGAGUUUUUGAGUGGCAGUGCAAACGCAAUUUACCUGAGAGAAAUUCUGAAGGAUGUUAGGUCACGUGUGAAACGUGCCGGUGUCCGCCCAGCACUAGUCGGGUUAAUACGCUCAAUAGGUGAGAGCAACGAGACGCGUGAAUCAGUGGGAUUUCUGGAGGGCCUGCUUCGUUCAGUGUUUCGGAAACAUCCACCAGAAGCCAUCUGGGCAGGGCAUUUCAUUCCCAAGACGGAGGAUAGAAUGCUGGCCAUCAAGAAAUAUGCCUGCAAAGCCAUCUAUUCGGCCCAAUCCUCAGAUAAUUCUGAGGAAAGAGGGCACAUGUUUUUCAGACCAUUCCAAUGUUUGCCUUGGCCUAGAAGACACAGCAGCCAGGCCAACAACACUUCAGCAAACAGGCAAAGAGGUGACGCUGCUUGUGCAGAGGAAGGGAUCCCUCUGAAGACUGGUGUUUUGUCCGCUGGACCCCAGGCAGAGUCAGAUUGUGGUGUAACCAAAAAGGACAGUCAUGAUGACACUCAUGGGUCAUGAUUUCCCAUGUCCAACUGUGGACAAUACUCAAAAUUGGUCUCAAGGAACAUUGGUGUCUGUACAAGUCUGCAGUUAAGUCACGUGACUGACACAUUGGCCUUACAAUGUGUUGAUGAUCAGUCACGGAAGAGUUGAUACAUUAGCCUGUGAUUAUGAUAAAUUUGAGUUUAGAGAUAACUCAAGUUACGCAACUUAAUACAUUUAGUGUACAUGCGUAUCUUGUGUGGUUACUCUGUUACAUAACCAUCCUUGUAUGUUGUCACUUGAAAUAAUUGUCAUGUAAUAUGUGUUUUUGUUGUUACAAAGAGCCCACCUUGAAUUGUAAAACAACAAUGAAAAAAUGUGUGACCAACGAA